ACCAGCCAGUUUUAUUUUCAAGCUAGCAGCUAUUAAAAGUCACUUUUACACUCAAGCAGUAGAUCUCAAAUUUUGCUCAGAUAAAGAAAAACUGCAAGAUGCCUGUGUCAUUCUCUACCAGCAUGCGUUUUAAAUUUCCUAUACUGGCAAUUGCACUAGAAGCUGUGAUCAUUAUUUUAUACGGACUUUUUAUUACCUAUGAUGACGGAGCUAAUUCUAGACUUGUACACAACAACACUGACAAACUAGAACAUUUCUACAAAAUCUAUCCAAGUUUCCAGGAUGUGCACGUAAUGAUUUUUGUUGGAUUUGGCUUUCUGAUGACCUUCUUGAAGAAGUAUGGAUUCAGCAGUGUAGGAUUUAAUUUACUCAUUGCAGCAUUUGGUCUUCAGUGGGGCACUCUGAUGCAAGGUUGGCUACACCAUUUAAAAGAUGGAAAAAUCAAAGUUGACAUUUUCAGCUUAAUUAAUGCAGACUUCAGCACAGCAACUGCCCUGAUUUCAUUUGGUGCUGUCUUGGGGAAGACCAGUCCAAUCCAACUGCUGAUUAUGACUCUUCUCGAGAUUACCAUAUUUGCUUGUAAUGAGCACUUGGUCACUUCAGUCCUGCAGGCCAAAGAUGUUGGUGCAUCGAUGACUAUUCAUGCUUUUGGUGCAUACUUUGGUCUUGCUGUCAGUCGUGUCCUCUACAGACCAGGAUUACAAGGUGACCAUGAUAAAGAAGGAUCUGUGUAUCACUCAGACUUGUUUGCUAUGAUUGGUACUCUCUUCUUAUGGAUGUUUUGGCCAAGCUUCAAUUCUGCCAUUGUGGAAAAUCCUGAUGGACAAUAUAGAGCUAUUAUCAACACUUAUUUCUCACUGGCUGCAUGUGUACUCACUGCUUAUGCUCUGUCUAGCUUGGUCGAUAAGAAAGGAAAAUUGGACAUGGUCCACAUACAAAAUGCUACUCUGGCAGGUGGUGUAGCUGCUGGGACCUCUGCUGACAUGAUGAUCUACCCUUAUGGAAGUCUGUUGAUUGGAUUUACAGCUGGAAUAAUCUCCACUGUUGGAUUUAAAUAUCUGACACCAAUUUUUGCAUCUAAACUGAAGAUACAUGAUACCUGUGGUGUACACAAUCUUCAUGGCAUGCCUGGAAUACUUGGAGGUAUAGCUGGUAUAAUUGCAUCUGCCAUGGCCAGUACAAAUGUGUAUGGUGUUGGACUUGGCCUAACGUUCCCAGCAAGAAGAACUGGUAUUCUACAGGCUGGAUAUCAAGCUGCUGGAUUAGGUGCAUCCCUUGCUCUGGCCCUUAUUGGAGGGACCAUCACAGGUUUCAUUCUAUGUAUUUCUCUUUGGGGACAGCCACCAGAUCAAAAUUGUUUUGAUGAUGAUAUUUACUGGGAGGUGCCAGACGGUGAAACUGAAAAUGAAAAUCUACUUUCUUCAGAACAUGGAAGGCAGAAUACUAAUGCUGAAGCAUGAACAAGCAUGAUGUUUUUUUAGAAAAAUGUCAUCAACAUUUAACGCUUGCCAAAUGGAAAUCAAAAACACUAAUAUUUCACCCAAAAUAUUUUAUAUAACAUUUUUUAUUUAAAUACAUAAAAAAGCAGUCUGAGAAUUAUAUUAGAAAUAAUUUACUGUGCUAUUUUGUACGGUAAAAUAACUUGAUAAAAAUACAAAAUAUGCUCUCCUUUGAUAAUAUCCAGGCUUUUUUCUAUUUCUUUUUAUUCAUAUAGUUCUUAAUUUUCUAGUGCUCUGUUUGAUUUGCUUAUAUGUAACACAGAAUUCUUUUUUAUUGUAGUUGCAGAAAGGCAAGACAUCACGUUAUUGUGGAUUCAAAUACACUGCAGGACUCCAGUUUAAUUACAGUAAAUUAAAUACAGAGAGUGUUUUGCAUUGCUAAAAGUUGAUUGGUAUAGAUUCUUGAUAAUCAAGGGAAUGAAAGUUUAUCAGGGAUAAGUGGAAAUGUGAUGUGAUCCCAUUGAAUGGUGGAACAGGCAUAAGGGAAUGAGUGGUCUAAUGCUCCUAAUUCAGAUGUGCAUACAUAUGUUCAUAAAGCUGUUCUGGUAUGUUAAAACCAAGUUACUAUCUGGCUGGUCUCAUGGAUUCUGUAGCACAUUUUGAAGAAAUCUAGGGAGUGCUCCCAGUUUUUGAACCAGUGUUAAUUCAUUUAACCAACAUGACAAAAACACAGUACUUGAUUACUCAUUUCAGUUCUGUUUGUGAGGCUUCAAUGUGACGUGGAUCUGUCUAAUGUAAGAUACAUAAGAACAGUGACUAUACCUCAUAUAUAAAAAAAAAAUUAUUACUUGUGAGACAAUUGGGAUACUUUCAGCAUCUGAAAAGCUUUAUAUGUAUGGCAUUUUUUUAAAUCUUAGCUACAGAAUACAUAUUAGAGCAGUGGGAUAAAUAGUAAAGUUAAUCUGUGCACUUCAAUAUGGAGUAGAAAAUAGCAAAAGGUUCUCAGAGCUAACCAGUAUGCAAAGGUCACAUUGGGAAGAGCAUGUACAAGAACAGAACUGAGUUUGUUAAAAUUCUUGUAUGUCAAAUAACCUACCACUACUGGACUUACAUGUAGAAUGGCCACUUCUAGACGCUGGAGAGACUAACUUUUAAAGUUUUUUUCUUCCUGAUAUGAAACUUUAACAAAAUAAUCAUUCAAGUCUGAAGGUGGCAAACAAACUCAGAUCAAAAAAGCAAAAUUGCUUUACAGCAGUGAUACUGACAGAAACUUUCCAACACAAAUUCAUUUACAAAAUAAAUUACAUUUAGAUAACAUAGUGAAUUGUUCCUAUAUGUUUGAGAAGAGUGCAGGAGAAAUUAGUCAGAUAACUAAAACCUUGUUUAAAGAGGUAGCUUUAAGGAAUGUCUUACAGGACAAUAGGAUACAAGCUGGAGAGAUGUGGAGAGAGAAUUCCAAAGUUAACUGCCUAGACAGCUGAAGGAUUUGUUAACCAAAUGUGUAGUUAAGAAACUGUGGUUGAGGUGAUGAACAGAAGGACCAUAAAAUGUGAGGCUGGAUGAACACAGCAGGCCAAGCAGCAUC